AUGAUGCAGGACCUCCUGACCCAGAACCAUGCUCUUCGCAGGGAGAACAACGAGCUCAUGGACCAGGUGCGGCGCCUGCUGUGCGAGAAAGCCAACCUGUUGGCCCAGGUGCGUCCUCCGCCCUGCCCCGUGGCUUUCCCUGAGGCCUUCCGCGGGGACCCCGCUCGGCUCCCCGAGUUUCUGAGCCAAGCGCACGCCUACAUGAGCUUCUUCGAGGCCAGGUUCUCCAGCGACACGCUGAAGGUGGCGUUUCUCAUCAGCCGCUUCUCGGGACCGGCGGAGCAGUGGGUGGUCCCCAUCAUCGAGCGAGACAGCCCCACCCUGUCCCAGUACGAGGCCUUCGUGGACGCCCUGAAGCAGGCCUUUGGUAGGAAUCCGUGA